CUGGGAAAUUCCCGAAUCAAUGCUAUGCGUUUCUCUGACAUGUUUGCGCAGUCAAUAACAUUCAGUUCCAGGCUUUAGAUGAUGUCAGAAGGAAUUGUACAGCGGGACUUUAUCAUUCAAUGAAAGACAAAAUGCAUCGCUCUCGCAGACGGAAUUCUUCUGAGAGCAGGGCGAAUCAAGGCAGCAGAGAAGAAAGAAGAAGACAGAAUGAACAGACUCAUCAUGGUUACAAAGAAGGAAAGAAAACACAUGAUAUUGAUCAGAAACCUAUGAGGUCGAAGUCUCGUGAUUCUAGACCUUGUACCGCUAGGGCACAGGCUCAGCAAUGUAAAUUUGGGGCAAGAUCAUCUGAUACUCGGGUCCGUUCUCGAUGCUGGGACCCUCAGAAAACAUUUAACUCACAACCAACUGUUGAUCAUUUUCAGGGCUUUCCAAUGUCAUGUGUUCCUUUAUCUCAGGAUCAAAUAACAUUUUUUGAAAACCAUGAAAUGAAGUAUGUUGGUUUUAAUCUCUUAAAAAGCAAUUAUGGUGAAGAUACAUCGAAUGUAACUGUGCAGUGUAAUUCCAGGAAUGAAGCUGAAAUGUGCAAAAACCUAAUACUUGAGAAUUUUGAAGUUCAUGAUACUGAUGUAACCUCUAUCAAUGAAAAUUCAAGUCCAAGUGGUAAAGCAGCUGAAGAACAACACAAAAUGCACUCCCAGCCUAGAAAACAACAAGCAAAACGCCUAAAAGAUGCAAAAAUACUAGAUCAGAAACGUAUCAGGUCUCAGUCCCUUGAUUCUAGGACUCGUGCCUCUAAGGCAGAAGCUCAGCAUUGCGCAUCUGAUACUAGGGAUUUCAAGGAAAAUACAAUCCCCAGUGGUAAAGCAGCUGAAGAACAACACAAAAUGCACUCCCAGCCUAGAAAACAACAACCAAAACGCCUAAAAGAUGCAAAAAUACUAGAUCAGAAACGUAUCAAGUCUCAGUCCCGUGAUUCUAGGACUCGUGCCUCUAAGGCAGAAGCUCAGCAUUGCGCAUCUGAUACUAGGGAUUUCAAGGAAAAUACAAUCCCCAGUGGUAAAGCAGCUGAAGAACAACACAAAAUGCACUCCCAGCCUAGGAAACAACAACCGAAACGCCUGAAAGAUGCAAAAAUACUAGAUCAGAAAAGCGUCAGGUCUCAGUCCCGUGAUUCUAGGACUUAUGCCUCUAAGGCACAAGCUCAGCAUUGCACGUCUGAUACUAGGAAUUUCAACGAAAAUACAAUCCCCAGUGGUAAAGCAGCUGAAGAACAACACAAAAUGCACUCCCAGCCUAGGAAACAACAACCGAAACGCCUAAAAGAUGCAAAAAUACUAGAUCAGAAAAGCGUCAGGUCUCAGUCCCGUGAUUCUAGGACUUAUGCCUCUAAGGCACAAGCUCAGCAUUGCACGUCUGAUACUAGGUAUUUUAAGGAAAAUACAAUCCCCAGUGGUAAAGCAGCUGAAAAACAACACAAAAUACACUCCCAGCCUAGAAAACAACAACCAAAACGCCUAAAAGAUGCAAAAAUACUAGAUCAGAAAGGUAUCAGGUCUCAGUCCCGUGAUUCUAGGACUCGUGCCUCUAAGGCAGAAGCUCAGCAUUGUGCAUCUGAUGCUAGGGAUUUCAAGGAAAAUACAAUCCCCAGUGGUAAAGCAGCUGAAGAACAACACAAAAUGCAUUCCCAGCCUAGGAAACAACAACCAAAAUGCCUAAAAGAUGCAAAAAUACUAGAUCAGAAAAGCGUCAGGUCUCAUUCCCGUGAUUCUAGGACUCGUGCCUCUAAGGCACAAGCUCAGCAUUGCACGUCUGAUACUAGGGAUUUUAAGGAAAAUACAAUCCCCAGUGGUAAAGCAGCUGAAGAACAACACAAAAUGCACUCCCGGCUUUUGGUUAAGAAAAAACCAAGGCUAGAAGAUGCAAAAGUACUUGAAAUACUUAACCUUCCACCAAAAACACAACAAGGAGAGGUAGCUCAAUUAGUGACAGAACGGUGUACAGUAAAACCACGUGAUAUCAGAAUUACAAAAGACAGAGCUUUAUUAGUCUACCCAUCACGUAGUUUAGCCAUACAAGCUUUACGGGAAAAUUAUGGAGUUAAAUACAAAGGCAGGUUAUUGGACAUAAGAUUACGAAAGCGUGAUUUAGACAUGGAAAAUACAAUAUUCAAUGACCUUAAAGACAAGCUAAAGGAGGAGAUGAAUGGAUCAGUGUCAAGAAUCAUACUUCAGUGGGAUCAAGAAAUUAAGGAUCUUAAACAACGUAUAACAGAAAUAAACAAUAACCGUAGACAUAAGUUUGUUCCUCUUGAAGAAGCUGAAGCUAUUGAUGUUAUAAGGAAAGAUUUAACAUUCAAAAGUCAACAACUUUUAAAGUUUAAACUGGAGUUAAAACAGUUUUCGGAAUGCAUGUUAUGUAAAAUCAACCAGGCAGACCAAAUAGGUACAGUAGGGAAGAUGAGAAAUUAUCUAUGGCGUGAAAUAAGAAAAGCAGAGAAUCCACUACCUAUAUACGCUUACAGAUGUGAUAUUGUCAGUGCUGUGUUUAGUCCAGAGAAUAGCGCAUGCGUUAUUUUAGGUGAAACUGGAUCUGGAAAGAGCACACAAAUUGCUCAAUAUUUAGCAAAUUCAGACAUUCUAAUCCCAACUGACACCAAAAUUCGAAUUGCAUGCACACAGCCACGAAAGGUUGCAGCAAUUUCGCUUGCUAAGAGAGUCGCUGAAGAGUUUGGUUGUGAAGUGGGAGAUGAAGUUGGCCAUAUAGUUGGCUCUUUCCGGAAAACAAGUUUGAACACCGUCAUAACUUUUUUGACUGAUAGGGUUCUUCUUAAUAUGCUUUUACAAGAUCCAAAGCUUGAAGAUUUCUCUUGCAUUAUCAUAGAUGAAGCACAUGAACGUUCUAUAGACACAGAUAUCUUGAUUGCUCAACUUAAACAAGUUUCUAUUCAAAGGCCAGAAUUGAAAAUUGUCAUAACCUCAGCAACAAUUGAUGAACAGAUAUUUUGCAAAUACUUCAAUAAUUGUCCUUAUAUGAAGAUUCCUGGCAGAGUGUUUCCAGUUGAGACAAUAUUUACCAGUGAUGCUACAUAUGAAGUCAAAACUGAUUAUGUAAAAGAAGCUGUACAGAUGGCUCAGUUAAUACACGAGACAGAGGAGCCUGGAGAUAUUUUGGUAUUUUUGACAUCUUCUAAUGAAAUUGAAAGAGCAUGUGGUGAUCUUGCAAAACGAUUGGGAAUAGUGGAGGAUAACGGUGAUGUGCAGAUACUACCAUUACAUGGAAAACUUCAACCACAGGACCAGAUGGCUAUAUUCACUGAGACUCCAGCAGGUAAGAGGAAGGUAGUGUUUGCUACAAAUAUAGCCGAGACAUCAGUUACCAUAAAUGGUAUAAAGUAUGUCGUUGAUACAGGAAUGGCCAAAGAGCGCCGAUAUGAUCCGAAAAGAAACAUGAGUGUGUUGGAAGUAACAAUGAUUAGUAAGGCAUCAGCUGAGCAAAGAAAGGGAAGAGCAGGUAGAACAUCAACCGGUAAAUGUUUUAGGCUGUAUUCAGAGAAGGACUAUGAUGAAAUGGAAUCAAAUAACAAGCCAGAAAUUCUAAGAGUUCAUCUUGGAAUGGCGGUACUUCAGCUUCUUCAGCUUGGUAUUCAGAAUGUUGAACACUUUGAAUUUGUCCAACCACCCCAGGAAGGUGCUUUAGGAGAAGCUUUAAACAUGCUAGAGUUUCUUGGAGCUGUAAGUAAAGAUUCCCAUGAUCUGACUGACGUUGGACGUCAGAUGUCCUCAUUGACAUUGGAGCCACGUUUGGCAAAAUUGGUACUGUCAUCAAUUGAGAAUAACAUGGCUGAAGAAGGUAUACUUGUUGCUGGUCUGCUUGCAGCUGGUGGUAAUGUCUUCUACCGUUCAGGAUCAGAUGUUCAAAAACGCAAAUCAGAUGAAUCAAAACUAGAUUUUAGUAAUAUACUUGGUGAUGUAUUUACAAUGUUAGAUGUUUAUGACGAAUGGAAACGCCAACCAGAAAAAGGAAGAACAAAAUGGUGCAUUAGACGAAGCAUAAAUGGAAAAACUAUGAAAAUUGUCACAGAUUAUGUGAAAGAUAUCAAAUCAUCUUUAAAGUCUAACAAUAUUCUUGUCGGCAAGAGCUGUGAUAUCAUCAAUUGGAAGGAUGAAAAAAGAAGCCAGUGUCUGCGCAAGAUUUUACUCUCGGUUUAUGCUCAGAAUUUGUGCAUAUAUAACGGACAUCCCAAAGCUGGUUAUACCAUUGUUUUCCAGCUGAAGACUGGCAUAUUACACCCAUCUUCAUCGUUGAAAUCGUUAGAUGUCUUUCCGAAGUGGAUAAUCUACACUGAACUCAGUCGUACAACUCAAGAUUUUCUUGUCAAUCUUACACCAGUAGAGCAUGACUGGAUAUUUGAAGUUGUACCUUGUUUAGCAGAAUGUAUUGAUUUUGAAUUAUUAAGCGAGAAUCAAGUACAUGAGGAGAUUGUGCAUAAUGUUGGAGCAACACUUAUGGGUCGUAUCAUCGGAAAAAGGGGACAAGGGUUAAGAAAGCUUGAAGAACAAGUGUCCUUGGUGAAGAGAGUGGAUUCUUCUAUCAUGAAAACAGUGUGUGUAAUUGAAUGCAACAACCAAAAAGGCACUGUAGAUGUAUUCGUUUCGAAGAAUGUAGCAGCUGAAACAUCAACAUUAGUCAAGAGGACUGUUUCUGAGGAACGCUCAUCCCUUGAAAAACAGCAACUUGAGGUUAAUAUUGGAAACUCAUUGUCUGGCGUUCGACAGGUCCUUGGCAAAGGGGCUGAACCAAAAUUCAUUUUGAUGCCAGACGAUUUUAGAACUUUAGAAGUCAGUAAUGUUACUGAUGAAAGUUCUAUAUACCUAUAUUUUUGGCUUGAGAAUGAAGAUUUGAAAAACAAUAUUCAUGAUGUUUUCACCUUUCCUACUCAUAGCAAACAAGCUAAACGUGGUGUCUGGGGCAAGGUUACAUUUAUAUCUCCCCUUAUUGCCCAAAGAGCACAGCAACUUUUUCCAGAAGAUAAUACCAUGAAAUGCAAAGCUGUUUGCCAAGGAGGUCAACAAAUACGUGGAUUAGAACAGGAGCUCGUUGCAACUUGGAAAACUGGUCCAUCAAAACGAUUUGCAUUCAUCACAUGUGAAAAUGUUGCUGAUGCAUCCCUAUUGUUGCCAGCUUUAAAUGGGUUAAUUGUCAAAAAUUCAAGAAUACUUUGCAGCUUCAAAAAGAAUGAUGCAAGUUCUUUGUUUUUAAGAGGACUUGGGUCAGAUAUCACAGAAGAAGACAUAGAACGUGCAAUUCAACAGACUUCAGACAUUACCUGCAAAAGGGUGUCAGUUCCAAGACAUGCACCUUUAAAAAUGAAAACUGACAGCCAAUAUUGUGAGGAUCUUAAGAACUUGCUUGUAAAGUUUACAGAUAAGGCUAGGAUUGGUGUACAUAUUCCUCAGAAAGAAAUGCAUCAGCGUGCAGCCAAGGAUGAUACUCCACGAAGUAAACAUAUGAAAGCCUUUUUAAAGUUGAAUCAAGUACCUGCUGACAUAAUAACCCAAAUGAUUGCUGAAGUGCCAUCAUUAUCAAAUAAAGUUGGACAUCAGUUGGUAAUAAAAAGGGUAGUGAACUGUAGUAUCUUCUGUCCGGAAUAUAUUUUCAAAAUAAUCGAAGAUGAAUUGAUGGAUAUGAAAAGAAAAGCCGAGAAAACAUUUAGAGCGGUGCGUAUUCGAUUUAAUAAGAAAGCAUCUGGUGUCUUUAUCAAUUUUCAAGGUAACAAUCCGGAUGAUCUGAUGAAUGUAAAAGCCGAGUUUGUCAAGUUGAUCAAUGGAGAAGAACUAAUGGUCGCAGCAAGUAGUAGGGUACUGAGGAAAAUCAGUGGAAACUAUUGGCGACAAUUCUUAGAUGCGGUUCAACAGACUACCGCUACACAUGCAUUUCUUGAUCAAAGAGAUAAGGUCAUAAGGAUAUAUGGCAGUGAUGAAGGUAUACAGAAUAUGAAAGAGUCCAUAAAUGCGUUUAUCUCUAAAGCUGAGAGUAAUUUUUGUGAAAUUGAGCUUGGUGAAUUUACAAAAGCCAAAGGUAGAGCUUUGCAGAUGCUACGGAAAGUUUUUGGUCCUGAUUUGAACAAUUUGAAGAUGAGCAGUGGUGCAGAGUCUGUUUCAUAUGUAUUUAAAUCAAGGAUUGUGGUAGUUUAUGGAGAAUCCGAUACCCAAAACAAAAUCCGUGGUCUAAUUAAAGACUGUCUGCAGCAAGAAGGAAUAGACUUGGACCAAGAGGAUGUUAUUGAGGAGGAUGAUUGUGGCGUUUGCUUCUCACCUGUUGAGAAUGAUUCUCACCGAUUGGAGGGAUGUGGUCACAACUAUUGUAAAGAAUGCUUAAUGAAUCUACUCCAGCAUAGUGUUGAGUCAAAAGAGUUCCCAGUCAUUUGUCCACGUGAGAAUUGUCCACAGUUGCUUUUUAUGUGUGAUAUCAACAUACUAACCCGAAGCGGGCAGACUAGAGAGAGGCUUUAUGCAGCAACCCUGGAUGCAUUUAUUGCACAAAAGAGCAACGGUGAAUAUAAGUACUGUAUUACACCGAAUUGUACAAUGGUUUACCGUGUGUCACGUGAUGGUGGAUUAUUCAUCUGUCCUCAGUGUAGUCAGCAGUUUUGUACUUCAUGUAGACUUGACCAUCCUGGUAUGACAUGUAGAGAAUACAAGGCUAAUAAAGUGUCAUCAGACAGUGUAAUGGACUGGGCCAAGAAAAAUCAGAAGGAUGUGAAAACUUGUAAAUGUGGUGCCUUGAUUGAGAAGAAUGGUGGAUGUCUGAAGAUGCAUUGUACUAAGUGUCAUAAAUCUAUGUGCUGGGUUUGUUCUAAGGUAUUUGAUACAGAACGCCAGUGCUAUGAUCACCUUAGAGACGCCCAUGGUGGAAUUUUUGACCAUUAGGCCUACAAGCUUUGAUAAUCGAAAUUGAAACUUUUUUAUGGUUUGAGCCAACAGUAAAAUUCAGUUACCAUAAAUGAUCAAAUAAGCGCUUGUGUCAAAUAUGUAUCAAUGUCUCUAAAUCGCAGUGCAACAAACCUUUGUACUUGGCAAAAGAUUUUUAACUGCAGCCUUAUCAAGUGUGCAUUUUCGCCAACCUGCCAUGAUGUUGUCAUCUGGACAAUGAAACAACUGAUUUGACAUGAAUUAAAACUACUGCAUACAGUACUAACAUAUGCUUAAGUAAAACAUAAUAACACUAUCAUUUUUAUUAUGCUCUGCUCUUGAAGUAAGCACCAUUUUUGAAUGUGACACACAAAAGUUUCUAAAAGCAUUAGUGACGCUGCACUUAUUUGGUAAUUUUUGGUACCCUAAUGAUGUUUUAAACAUCUACGGUAUAUUCUCAAUAGUAUAACAAAGUACACUAAAAUUCUUUUCUCUGAAAUUAAAGCAAGCAUAAGUUGAUUUGAAAACAUUUAUGUAU